AUGGCCCAGUUUACAAUCCUUAAUAGCGCUUUAACUGAUUGCAAAACGCAAAUUAAUAAUUUAACAGAUUUAGUAAGCGCUCAGUCACAAACAAUAAGUACAUGUGUUGCUGACAUUUCAGACUUACGCAAAGAAAAUCAAAGCCUUAAUAACAAUUUAAAGGCUUUAGAAAAUAAGGUUAUUAAACUGGAAAGCAAAAAUGUGCCAACUACGAGUGAAAGCGUAUUUCAAGAGUCAUAUGAAAGGCUUAAAAGAUCUGAAAAUAUAAUAAUAACGGGCGUACCAGAAAGCAAUAAUACCGAAGAUGAUAUUUCUAAAGCAUCAGAGAUCUUAGAAAAUGUAAUACCAAAAAACCACUUUCAGAUAAAAUCAGCUGCUCGAUUGGGAAAAAUAGAUUUAAACAAACCUCGAGUGUUCCGCAUCACUUUAAAUUCACGGGAUCAGGUAUUGUCAAUAUUAAAAAAUAAAUAUAAGGUUCCAAAAGACAAGUAUCCCAGGAUAAACAUUAUAUCGGACUCCACACCCCAACAAUUACAGUUUAUAUCCGAGGUCAGAAAUGAGCUCACAAGAAGAAAAGAUCAAGGUGAAGAAAACCUAACAAUAAAAUAUGUUAAGGGACAACCAACCAUUGUUAUUGAUGGCAACCCGACUAUAAUCUCAACACAAUCUGACCGUCCAAAACGCAAUCGGAAAGAAGACAGUUCCCUUAUUCAUAAUACAAAAAAGGGAAUUUUGGCUAACGGUAAAGCAGGCUAUAACAAACGUUUUUCACUAAGCAUUGAAAUUUGGGAAAACUUUUACAAUCAGUUGUACGCCAACCGCCUAACUGACAGCUCUGUCUUUAUAGAUGUCCGUCAUCCUUACUUAGAUGCAACAAUUACGAUUUAUGAAGUGUACGCAGCACUUAACAAGUGCAAAAAUAAAAAAUCUCCCGGCUUGGACAUUAUUCCUUAUGAAGUAUAUAAAAGUCUUCCUCAUAAUUGGGUGCUUUAUAUGUCAUCUCUGUUUAAUAAAAUUUUUGAAACCGGAACCAUUCCUAAAAGUUGGUGUGGAAUUCUUCUUUCGAUGCUUCAUAAAAGUGGACCUCCUGAUGAACCCACAAAUUAUAGAGGUCUGGCACUAUUAAAUUGCUCACUUAAAAUUUUUACCAACAUACUUCAGUCUAGACUUUCAUCUUGGUGCGAGGAAUACCAUAUUCUACCUGAAUCUCAAGCGGGUUUCAGACCAGGCCGCGGCUGUAUUGACAAUGUUUACACCUUGAGCUCUGUUAUUCAGUUUCACAUAAGGCAAAAAAAAACGUCAUUUGAUGUUACAGCUGGUGUACUACAGGGUGAAACUUUAAGCCCCUUACUUUUUUCCUUAUUUAUUGCGGAUAUUGAAACAUUCUUCUACGGAAAUGGUGCUCGAGGUGUAAGCAUUGAUUCAAAAAAUGAAAUUCUGCUACUCCUGUAUGCUGAUGACUUAGUUAUAUUAGCUGACUCUGAAGCGGAUGUUGGAAGAAAACUAAAAUUACUUGAAUCCUACACUAAAUCCAACGAUCUCACUGUUAAUACCACAAAAUCAAAAAUACUCAUAUGUUCAAAAGGUGGCCACACCACAAACAACAUUAAUUUUUUUUACAACAAUAAUCCAGUGAUCUCAACCAAUGCAUACAACUAUUUGGGAGUGACAUUUACUAAAUCAUCACUUUUUCGCGAAAUGUCGUAUACAACCAUCGAUAAAGCCAAGCAAGCACUUGGAUCAAUUCUUCCAAUUUUAACAUCUAGUAAAAUAGACUCGUGGUCACCAAGAAUCAAACUCUUUGAGUCACUGGCAUUGAGUGUGAUGUCAAACUGCGCUCCCGUUUGGGCACUUAGAUACACUGAAGCUCUCGAAAAAAGACGGGGAGUUGAUGACAAUAAUGGCGAUAGUGCGAGUGCUGAUACUGAAAUGCCCGAACCUGAAACCACCAAGCAAGACAGAACAAUUAAUGUUCCAGUUAAUCUGGAUUGCAGUGUAGGAAGCUCCAACUUAUACUUGGUUUCAGAUGAUCCCGGAAAAUGGCCUGCAAAACUGAAUCCAAGUGAAGUAUAA